AUGUCCACUGCUAAAAUUGCCGAACUAGUGGAGAGGGCGACCCGUCGUGCAAAGCGGGUUGCCGCUGCCCGGGAUCAUGGUGAGCAAGGGAAAGAACAAGAUGUGAAGAUGCCAAGGACCCAUGAGAAGCCAGAAAAUGAAGGACCGAAGCCAGCUCGACGAAAACAACCUCCAGAAGCAGAUUCUGAUGCAUCAACUGUUCCAGCAUCAGCAGAAGAAGUGCAAAACAUUGCAAAGCAAAGAUAUGAAGCCGCAAAGAAAGACCAGGAAGCACUCACCACCCCGAUGAACAAAAAAAUCAAAAAAUCUCCGUCAGCAGUUGAUGAUGAGGCCUCACAACCGAAGCUUAGUAGAGCCAUUCAGAGCAAGCAGGUCUUGGGCGCAGACACUGAGGCCAAAAGUCAAGUCACACACCCAGCAGCAAAGUCGACAGCAGUCAAAGCCAAGGCUGCACCCACAAAGCCAGUGAAGGAUGAGACUGAGAGUGCCACUGCACCAAAUACCCCACAAACACAGGCCAUUCGGGAAUGCUUGAGGCGAAAGUCAACCGACAAUUUCCAUAGGACACCUGGUCGUCCUAGCCCUGCACCUUCGACUUCGACAAGCACAGCAACCCCAAACAGUGGAGCAAAUGCCGCAGGUGUGAUCGCUCAACAAGGGACACCAACACAGCAAACAGAGAAUACACAGAAGAGCCAACAACCUGAUGAUGCCCAGGAGGAGUCAAGUGACACUGAUGAGGAGGAGAUUGCAAGACUAGCCAGGGUUGCCAAAGCAAAACGUGAAGCACACGCAAGGUAUAUGAGAUUCUCAAGGAGUUUGACCAGUCCCAGAACACCAAAAGAAGUGCAGAGAGCGGGACGGGCAGCAGCCCACAACAGUCCAAUGCUCCAAGUUCUAAUGGAGCAGUGGACGGCAUGUGGGGGAAUAUGGUCGGAGAGUGAAAUGUUUCUUCAGAUGCGUCAGAAACGUAAAAACAGAUCCUAUGGAUCACGUAGAUGGAUGUGCUUGGCGGAACUUGCCGCAAAAUUUGGUUCGCAAGAGACUGCACGCCAGAUAGUGGCUGCCAAAGAGAAUGAUUCUGAAGCAUGCAAGAACCAGAUUCGCCCGAAUCCCGACUUACAUGGGGUUGAUACCCCAGAAACAAGGCAGUACCUUGUGUGGGACCGUGAGGGAACAGAAGAAAGUGUGGAUCAUGUCACGGAAACACUUUUCCGUGCAGCUGAUAGAGAUGAUGCUGACAAUGAUCCACCCAGGGGUCGUUCAAAGACUAGGUCGAAGAAGAAGAACACGGCAAAAGCUGGAAAGGCCAAAGACAAGAAGAAAAAGAAGAAGGCAUCAAGGUCCACUUCGACCUCAAGCUCGGCAAGUUCAAAAAGUGCAAGCAGCUCUUCCAAGAUCUCGUCGUCAGAUGGUGAGGCAAAGAAGAAAAGAGACAAAGGUAAGAAGGUCAAGAAGGCCAAAGGUGACAAGAAAAGAAAGCAAAGGAAGGCAUCGAAGUCAAAGUCAAGCUCAAAGUCUGAGUCUGCUGAGGAACCUACUGAGACUGAGGCACAGAAAAGGAAGAGGCUGCAAAAGGAAGAAGCAAAAGCAGAAAGGGAGAAGAAACAGGAGGCUCUGACAAAGCUUGGCUUAGCCAUAGCCAAAGGCUCCAACAUUGAUGGCAGCUUGCAGAAAAUGAGUCCGUCAGUGGUGACAGCUAUCAUGGCAGAAGUCAAGCCCCACAUCAGUGCCCUGAAGACAUCCCGCCAGAAAUUACAGAAAUCCGUUGAUGAAGCAAAGGAGAUCGAGACCAUCAAACUUCCAGUAAAAGAUGAGAAAACUGAUCGCAUUGCAGUGGAAACGUUUCCUAUUUUGCACCCGCACCGUGUGCUGGCAUACAUAAUGACAGAAGUGGGGGUGGAAUUUUCAUCUGCAGAAGUUGCUGAAUAUUGGAGGCACAGCCGUGAAUUCGGCGAGGGCUGGGCCACCUCCAGCCAGGCAUCAAGCCAGCAUUUGCCUGUAGGGCUACACGGAGAUUGUGCCCGCAUGGCUAGCCAAAACACUUUCCAGAAAGUGUUUGCUUUGAGCAUCAACUUGGUGUUGUUUAGGCCAGCCAGCAUCAGGCACUCACGGUUUGUGAUUUUCACAUGCCCUAGGCAUAAACUCGUGAAGAACAGGACGUUAAACGUCCUGAUGAAUCGAGUGCUUUGGUCGUUGGAAGCUGCAUUCGAUGGUAUUAACCCAGUAGGCCCAAUGCCUGGCAGAUCAUCCCUUUUGAAGCAUGAUGCUGAUCGUGCCGGUGUUCCCCUUACACCUUCUCACACCCAGUUCGCCCUCACAGAAAUUCGAGGGGACUGGGAGUUUCACCGCGAUCUGUGGUGGACGACGGCAAGUUGGAAUGGUAACCUUACUUGCUUUCGCUGCCCUUGUGUGGCAAAGGGCCCAGAACCUCUUUUGUAUUGGAACUAUGGGGACUCUUCUGAAUGGAAACAUCAAGAGUUUGGGACUGAGCAAUUCAUCGCACGACGGCUUAGAACCAGAAACCUUUGUCCGCUGAUCAAAUUGAGACGGUUUCACCCUAGCAUUCUUCGUUGGUGCACCAUGCACACUUUAAACUUGGGCCUGAUGUUUACAGCAAAUGGUGGAUCUCUGAUUUUGUUGGCUGAAGAGCUUCAGUACUUUGGGCCUGGCACUUUUGGCGAUCAGAUUGACAGGGCAUACCAACAUUUCACUUCCUUUUGCCGCAGUCGCAAGAUCCAGCAUUCACAACCACCAUUUACUCGAAAGAUGGUGAAAAAGAAAUCAGGUGAAAACCUGUUCACUGCGAAGGCCUACAAUGGCCGUGUCAUUCUGAUGUGGCUCACACAUUGCUUGUUGGAUUCUGAACAACACAACCCUGACCAUGAAAUCUUGGUCCUUACUUGCGCCGCUAUGAGCAGUUUGGCCAAGUUCAUGGCAUUGAUGGAGGAGAACCCCCGGCACUUGACUGCAUCGGCCGCGCAAUCGAUGCAUGAUGCUGGUUUCCGCUUCUUGAAUUUCUACAAGAUCUUGUGCCUGGAGUACAUCAGGUGUUUGCGCAUAUAUGUAUGGAUGCACUGGCCUACAGAGUCAACCCAAGAUUUACCCAUACAUUUGUGGAUGAGGACAGCAUGA